AUAUGGGAAUAAAUCAGUUGAAAUUACGCUUACAGUCCCUUAAACUAAUAAUCUCUCACUGUACAAAUGAGAGAUGGGAGUAAAUCGGCAAGUGGGGAAUAAUGAUCUUGUUCCGUUAAUUUAAAAGUCUACAGCUUAUUCAAAAUACAGUUUUCAGUAAUUUGAAUUAGAAAUGAUAUAAAACAGAAUGAUUUUAAUACAUUAUUUUCUCUUUGUAUUUCUUAAUAAAAAUCAAUUGUUCUGACUUAAAAUGGAGUACUAUGAGUUUUUCCUUGUAAAUGUUUGUUGUACCAACUAAUGUUCCUAUUCCGCCAUAUAAAUAUUUGUCUUCCAUUCCAUAGUGCAACUAUAACGUACAAUAUACAAUAGUUAUCAUUUUCUUUAAAGUAUUUCCAAAUAAUAGAAUUGGAGAAAUUUGCAGCUAAUUCCUGGUUUAUUUCAAUGCUAAUGCAAACUAUACGAUUUUUCCUCCUUCUCAUGCUUAAAUUUGACUUGACCAAUUUAGGAGUUUUACCUAAAAAUUAAUUUUUACAAAUUUUUGUUGAUAUUUACGAAUUCGUAUUCUUUGCAGUUGUUUUUACUUUAAUACAUUCACUUUAAUUUUCUCAAGCAAGUGUUUUAUAUGCAAAUAUUCUCAAGUUAAUGUACUUGAAAACUUGGUACUUUCAUUUAUUUAUGUCCUUAUUUAUUACACAUUAGAUGACAAUCGAUAAAAGUAAACACAAUUUAUGUAGUGAAAAAAAUUUAGUACAAUACUAAUUUUCUUGUUAUAUAGUACAAUUUAUUGUAACCUCUUACAUUACUAGACAAAUUUGAUAAAGCAGUUCUGUAAACUUUUUUGUUUAAAUUGUUCAAACAUAAAGUUUGAGCAGAGCGGAGAACUCGUGUUUCGUGGAAAUUGAGAUCAGUGAUUAAUCUUUCUUUAAUCUGCAGAUUAAUUUAAUUUUUAUAUGAUAUCCCGCAUGGUAGCCGUACCCUGGAAGAAUAAUUGGAAUGAAGUGAUUAAGCACAUAGUGGAUAUCGAGAUCAAGGGAUCGGGGUUAUGAGUCUCGUGCACGAAAGUUCCCAGCUCUGACCACGUUCACAAUUGUGCUGUUAACUAUGCAAAUUUAAUUAUUCUUUUCAUUCAAAUCUUUAUUUUUUUCGAUGAUUAAAAAGCCGAUCAUCACUUUUCUUACAAUGCUUGACAAAUUUUUAAUUUUUUUGUAAUCACGUUUUUUUUGUAAAUGAUUUAUUAUAUGUAAUUUGUUUUGGCAAAUGAAGUGUAGAUAGUGAAGGGAAACAUUUCGUUUUUAAACCUUGCUCAGAAGUUGAACGAUUUCUAUAUCAAAUGUCUGAAAUGGACGGUAGAAGUAAUUUCACGUGACUCUCUAUCUCUAGAGUGGCAUGUUCGAUUGACAACUGUACCCUUAAAUCUUUUAUUUGAACAACAACGUAAAAGAUAUCACCGUUUUUCUACAAACUUGAUUUAAUUGGAAUUACAGGGGAUUUUUUUUUCAAAUUAUGCAUACUUUUUGCGACCUUGUCUACACAGGCUUUAUCAGCAAUAUUAUUUAAUAAUUUCCCGUUUUUACUGAUUACACAUUGCUUGCGAAAAAAAUGUCCACAAAUGUUAGCCAUCAUUUAUAUUUUGCUAAAUUUAUACCAGACUUGCAUAGAUGUUUGCUAAAUUAAUAUUUUGCUACUUUUGUAUAGACAAAAAAUGCACGGAAAGGUUCGGUGGAUCAAAUAAAAUGACAAUGCCAGGGAUUGAAAGAUGAUUGAUCACUGAUCAAUGAUCAAGCAUCACCUUUUUAUAAGGAAAUAGUACAUUUUCACAAGGAUGUGACAAUGUCUACUUUAAAUCAAGAAUUCACCGGAUCUCAACUAUCGAGGAGAUCACAAUUUAGUUUUACCGAGGGUGGGACAAAGAUGGACUCCUGCUCUGAUGUUCAGAAUAACGUGAACAUUGAGAGGAUGGAGACCCUGGAGAAUGAUAUCAAGAAACCUGAGGUUGAUCUUGAUAACCUGGAAAAGAUGGAUGAAGACGGGAUGAACACAAUUGAAGAGAACGAACCCUCCGAAAUAGGAAUAGAGAUAGCAGCUGAUAUAUCAGAAAGUAACAAGGACCAUUUCAAAAAUGACGUUUCUAAACCCUCUCUCACUAAAGAUCCAAAGAAAAAUGUUAUCGAAGAAAAAGAAAUCAACGAUAAGAUAAAUGAAAGCUCAGAAGAUCAAGACUUCACUGACUCUCUGGAAAAGGCUGGAUUUAAAACAACUUCAUCUCAAACUUCCACAAAGAUGGUUGAUGCAAUGUGUCAGACAAUUCAAUCAUUAUCCAGCUCAUUGAAAACGCUAGAUGCUGCUGUGCAAACUGUAGAAUCUUACUACGAGGACGGAUACAAAGAAUGUUCCGUCCAUAGAACCCGGAGAGAAGACGAGAUUAAGGAAGAGCUGGAGGAGAAGGACGGAGAGAAAGAGGAUAGAACUGAAGAAUCGGAUUCCAGGGUUACAGAGCUUCUAGAAUAUUCGGAGCAGAACAAAGUGAAAGACGAAUUUCCCUGCAAGAUUUGCAAGAAGUUGUUCUCAAGCAUUUUCAGCAUCAAAACUCACAUUUAUGUCGCGCACCGGAAGUACUUAAAACCGGCGCAAGCUGGCGCAGUUGUGAAGAAGACUGGAGCUGAUUAUAAGAAAGGAUUCAAGUCGAAAACUGCGUAUUUAUCUCGGAAGAAGUUUACUUACAGAAAACAGAAACCAUGGUGUAAAUACUGCUGGGUCAGAUUUCCAAACAGAGUUGAAUAUGAGGAGCAUAGAAGGCAGUUGCACCAAGAUAAGCUUGGUGUUAGAGAGCGAAGUGCUAGUGCUGCUAACAGUGAGAUAUCAGAGACAUCUAGCGCUAAAUCUAGAAUGGAUUUAAGUUCUAGCAAAUGUGAAGGGGAUCUGAUAUCAGAUAUAUCUCUUGGAGAUCAGAACUCAGAUACUUGUCUCUCAAACAGGACCAGCAGAUCUAAUACACCAGCAGUUGGCAAUAAGUCCCGGGAAGGUGACGAAGAGGAGGAGGAUGCAGAAGACGACGAGGAUGAGGAUAAAGAGGAUGAUAAUGAUAUGGAUAUUAUGGAAACAGAUCUUACUGAUCCAGAGGUUGUGAAGGGAAUGAUACGAGGACUAGAUGUGAAGGUUGUGAAGGUUGAUGAAACCUUGAACAUGGAAUCUAGAGUCUCCUAUCUACUCAACCCAACCACAGAAGAGGAUGUAUCCGCUCUACAAAUAACAGAGGAACUAGAACUUAGUAAUUUUAUGGUUAGCUUGCCUUGGUAUGAAGCCAGAUAUCAUCAUUGUUUGAUCUGUGAGAAGUUUUAUACUCUUGGGACUUUCUCUAGCCAUGUUCUAGACGCACAUGGAAUGUCUAUGGUGUUGUAUAGGGAGAAGUUUCCAAGUGAUGAUUUGUCAGUAAAACUUUGGAAUUGUUCUUUAUGUGAGAAAGAGUUAAAGUGGACUCAAUCUAAUAUAUCUAAACAUUUGAAAUCCAUGCAUCGUCUAAGUUUGCAGGAGUACAGUUUAACCAUUCUUGGCCCAGACGGUUUCAAAGUUAAGCAGGUUCGGCUAGAACCUAGCUUGCCAUGGUAUGAGAGUAGGACGCACAGAUGUCGGAUCUGUAAUCAUGUUUUUAUCUUCUCAGAACUUAAAAAACAUCUCAGACUUAAGCACAACUGUUCUUUUUCCAACUACAAACUACUGUUCCCUCAAUCCUCCCUCUCUGCUGAAGCAUCCAGCGAGGAUCCAGUCUGGAAGUGUAUGAUCUGCAGCGCUAAAACUGCUUGGACCAAGGAACCUAUAAUCCAGCAUAUAAGGAAACAUAACUUGAGUUUGGAGAGCUAUGCUGCUGAACAUGUUGAAGAUGCGAAGCAAGAUGAAGAUGUUGAUGACACCCAACCCCUUCCUCCUGUUGAAUGUGUCCUCAACGUCAAGGAUGAACCUGAAGAGGAGAAGUCAGAUUUCAACUCUAGGAUAGUUCGCCUGGAACCCCGGGAUACUACCCCAAUGAAGAAAUCCAUGCCCCGGGAGAUGGUAAAGGUUGGAUCGGAUGAGAAGCUGUGGGUUCCAUGGUUUGAAUCUAAACUCCACAAAUGCCUGAUAUGCGGAGAGGUAAGGACCUGUGGGCUCAGUUUCAAGAAUCAUAUUUAUGACAAGCAUCAGUACAUGUCCCGGAAACAAUAUGUUAAGCGGUUUCCUGGAGUUGACAUUGAACCUGACGCAUGGAACUGUCCGCUGUGUCACAACACUAUCAAAUGGACCAAGAAAUGUAUAGUUGACCAUCUCAAAACAAUCCAUAUGCUCACAAGGGAAGAGUUUGAAUUAACAUUUAAUAUACCCAGCAGGCACAAGGUUGAUGCUCCAGAAGGAGGAGAAUUUAACUUCAAUGCCAGAACUGAGUUAGGGAUCGCCAAUAAGGAGGUUGCGGAAGCGCAAGAGGCUGAACAUGCAUUACAACAAGAGGCUGAAUCAGCAAGUGUUGUCCAGUGCGGGAUAUGUGAUGAUAUGGUGAAAUCUCUUAUGACCCAUAUUGAGGACUAUCAUAAGAUGAGUAAGGAGGCUUAUCUCAAGAUCUGUGUUGGAGAUGACAAAAAAUUCUCCUCUAGUCCAGCCAAAUCUAAACCUAAGUGGUCCUGUCAGAUCUGUGAAGAGAAAGCAGAAAAUACAGAGAAAAGUAUCAAAGAACACCUUGAGAUUCAUGCCAUUGACUUAAAAGAUUAUGAGAAAACCUUUGAUAUACCAAAAGGCAAUGAGAAUGAGUCCAAAGAGGUUGAGGAUGAUGAUGAAAUUGUUCUUCCUGACAGUGAAAUAAUGAUGGAGGAAGUUGAAGAUGAAGAUGUAAAUAUUAAGAAAGAAGUUGAUACUAAUGGAGAUGAGAUAAAUGAAGAUAAUGUUGUACUUCACAGAGGAUCACCUGAAACUCCUUGGUUUGAGUCAAUCAAGAUGAAAUGCAAGGAAUGUGAUGUAUACUUCUGGUUGGGAGCAUUUAUGAAGCAUAUUAUCCAGGCGCACAGACUUCCCAUAAAGGUUUACAAAGUCAAGUAUCCAGAAACUGUGAUACCUAAGCGUCAAUAUAUCUGUAGGAUUUGUGGAGUUUCGAUUUCACACUAUGCCUCACCCAUCAGUGGGCAUCUGACAGGGAGACACAACAUAACUAUGACUGAUUACUACAAAAAGUAUGAGAAGCUGAAAGUAAAACCUCCCUCUCCUCUUCCUGAACCAGAAAUUGUUAUUCCGAGCAAUACCUUCCCUGAUGAUUAUCUGAGUUUGGAUAGCACAAGUUCUAAGGCCCAGCGAAUGGCAGAAUAUCACAAAACUGGAAAACUUCCCUGGUUUGAGUCUAAAAUCACCAUUUGUAGAAUAUGCAAUGAAGAAUGGCUCCUUGGCUCAUUCCGUCGACAUUUAUAUGAUCGGCAUGAUAAAAUCAGUAGAACCACAUAUUCUGAAAUGUUUCCUGACUCAGAUAUCUCUAUUCCGACCUGGAGAUGUAAAAUAUGUGGUAAUGGAAUUAAAUGGGUUCGAGACAAUAUAUUCUACCAUCUUCGGACCCACAACUUUACAAUGGAAGGAUAUAGACAAUUGUACAUUGACGGAAGUGAUGAUAAGACAACUGCUCUCGGUAAACAAAUGCCGAACCUUGUUCCCAUCUCCAACUCUCUUGAAACGAAAGAAGAAAAACAGUUUCGUUGUAAACUUUGCAAUGUUCUUGUGGCCCUUGAAUCUACAGCCAUCAGAAAUCAUCUGAAAACAUUCCAUAACAUGAGUAUUAAUGAGUAUCAACCUUUUAAGAAUUCGCCCAAUCCUACUGGAUUUAGUCCUGCAUUCCCUUUGGCGGAUCCUAAUAACAGUGCAUACAAUAUUCCAUUGUAUAACAACCCCAUGAUACAAAAACCGCCUCCUUUAUUAAAAAAGAUACUACCUCGCCCUUCUGCCCCUCCUGCCCAGCCAGGGUUGCCAUGGUACAACAAGUGUAAGUGGACCUGUAUGCUUUGCAACAAAGCUUUCUCGUCCGGAUUCUGGAGACAUGUCUCAGAAAAUCAUUCCUACACCAAGGAAAACUAUCUCCAGGAAUUCGGUAAGAAUGGUAUUGACAUAGUUCAUUACUUUUGCAAGAUCUGCAACAAAAAGAUCCCCUGGUCCGGAGCUAGCAUCAAUGCGCACACCAAGGCUGACCAUGCAAUGUCCUUGAAGGAGUAUGAGGGUUUGUACGGACCUAAAUCUGAUGAGCUUGUACCUGAUCCCCAAGCUGAGCCUGAUAUACCAAUCCUGCCAAUUAAUAUGUUCCCACACCUGCCCUCGGGUAGCCAAAUACACUACGUCCACUCUCCAAACAAAUGGUUUAACGGUUGCGAGUACAAGUGUCAGGUUUGUGGACGAAUCCUUCAUUCCGUGGCGGGAUUGUCAAUGCAUUUAAAGGACACUCACAUGAUGGAUAAAUUCUCAUAUUUCCGUCAGUUCGGCCGAGCAGGGAUUAACAUUAGAAAAUACAAAUGCAAGAUAUGUUUCAAGUCUUUCCCUUGGUCUGGGGUCAGCAUAUCCAAGCAUGUGAAGCAGGCUCACAACAUCUCAUUGCAAAGGUAUUCUAACAUGUAUGAAAACGGAAGCACCCAGGAAUCCAUCUACCAAGAGGAGUUGGCUAAUGGUGUUCCAGGCAUGGACCCUAUACGAGAGAACCAGCCACCUCCCUCCCGAGACAAGGGACUCAAAUGGUAUAAUAAAUGCUCCUGGACUUGUCAAAUCUGUGGAACCACAAUUUCAACAAACUCCAGCGCAUUCUACAAACAUAUAGCACAGGAUCAUGGUGUACCUAUUGACGAGUAUAAGGAGAAGCAUGGUAAUACAGGGUUUGUCUACGUAGAUCAUACUUGUAAGCUAUGCAAUAAAAAGGUUCCGUUCAACGGUCUAGCGAUGUGCAAACAUUUCAAACAUACUCACAACAUGCAGCUAGAGGAGUAUCAAGCAAGGUUUAUGAUUGAUGAUGAUGGCAGCUCAACAGGAGAAUAUUAUGCCCCUACAGAUGAACAUUGGUACAACAAGGGAAUAUGGAAAUGUCAGAUAUGUAAGAACAAGAACAAAUCCCUUGGUUCCUACAAGAAGCAUAUUCAGAAGAUGCACAAUAUGCACUAUGAAGAUUACUUUGAUAAGUUUGGGAAUGCCGGGAUCCACGAGGUUGUGUUCCGGUGUAAGAUGUGUGCCGCAACCAUGUCUUGCAACGGAGUCACUAUUGCCAGUCAUCUCCUUAACAAUCACAAGUUUACUCUAGCUGAGUAUGAGAAGACCUACCUCAAGGAUGGAGAGGAUGAGGGCGAGGAGGGGAUAGAGGUUCAGCCUCAAGACGGAGAACAUUUUCUAGCUGGGAUGAAAGCCACAAGUUCCGAGCCGGCACCCGUUUUGUCCAAGGAAGAGAUGCUUCGAAAGGAUAAACCAUGGUAUCAGAAAUGUAAAUAUUUCUGUCAGAUCUGUAACAACCCAUACUUCAGCAUUAGUGCGCUGAGAAACCAUACCAAGGUAAAGCAUAAUAUGGACAGAGAUACAUAUGUCGGAAUAUACGGUCUUGAUGCGGGCCGGGUGAUUGAGGACUAUAGUUGUAAGAUAUGCAAUAGAACGCUGAAGUGUGAAGGAAGAAGCCUGAACGCCCAUAUGAGAAACUGCCACAAAAUGGGGAUAGUCGAGUACAGCAAGCGCUACGAGUCUCAGAGAAACACACAAGAAGAUCCGAACUACUACAAUGAGACUUAUCAAAUAGAACUUGAGAAUGACGAAGGCCAGGAAGGGGAAGAGGACUACACUGUCGAGACCAUCGGCGUGGAAGAUAACGAAGAUCCCCUGGCCAGCUUUGUGUCAACCGAGAUCUUGGAAGAUGACUAUGCUGAGGAUGAUAUGACAGCAGAAGAAUCUCUUCAUUUCAACUUCGAGGAAGAGGAGGAGGAUGAGGAACAACCAACCUUUAAUGAAGAUAUCGGGGUUGCAGAGAUGAAACCGGAUAUUUCUAAAAUACAGAUCAUUCCUGAGGCAAUGGAGACUGAGGAUGAUUCUGCACCGCCUGAAGAGUCUAUUGAAAUAACCUCCAUAACCGAGGAGAAUGAUGAGGAUGAAAUCGAUAUGAGUCAAGUCAACAUGGGCGUAGUUGAGUUCAGUCCUGAAAACCCCUUGGCCUAAAUCUGCCACCUUGCUUGAUUUACAAAUUGUAAAAAUCAAAUUAUUUUGAAAACUUUGCCUUUUUUCAAGACUCAUACAAAACACAUGGUUUUGAUUUUCUUAAAUGUUUAUCACAGCGGUCGCCCAAAAAGAUAUUUCGGAUCAACAAAUGUGAUUUCCUCUCUUGACUUUUCCGUUUAAGACUGUGUUUCUUUAAGCAUUUGUAUCAGUCUGGCUUGAACUAAAAACUAAAGAAAUUCUGAGUUGAAGCAUUUUUCGAAGUGUCUUCUAUACAAUUAAAUUCAUUUAUACUUAGAGUUUAGAGGAGAAGAAAGAAGCUCUCAUUAACAACAAAGUUUUUGAAUUUGCCUUCUAAAAAUCAUUUGGAACAUGUUUCUCUCUGCAUUUUUAAAAUCUUUUACUUUGAUUCAGUUAUGCUUAGGGUCGAUUUUAAUACAAAAAGGUUCCGAGUCGUUCGAUCUGAUCAAAUUUAACAUCACUGUACUUUGUUGUACUUAAAAUGGUAUUUAGACAUACAUUCCUCCCUAAAUAUUUGCAUCAUUUUCAACAAUUUCGACCUAAUUCUUCUGUUUUUCUUAAAAGGCCUAAUUCAAAAUUAGCCAUAAAACCAAUUUUACUUGUUUAUUUGUUGCAAACUAUCUAGCUGAUCUAUCACUUGUGAUGGGAAUUUAUAAAUAAGAACGAAAUAGUUGAAUUAGAUUUAGCUAGCUAAACUAAUUUUUCUGUUAGAUAGUUCAGCAAUCUUAUUGGUUGAAAACAAACUUAUCUUCUUUGCCAUCUUUCUUGACACCAAGCUCGUUAAUAUUACCAUUGACACGCAUUGAUACUUUUUCAACGAUAUAAUUGACAUAAAGAAAAUGAAAAUGUAUGAUUUCAGGGUGUAUAUUUUCUUCAAAAAUUAUUCCCCCUCUUUUGAAAAUCCCUUUUUUUACAAUACGUUUGGUUCGUUAUUAGCGGAUUAUCGAUGAAAUGGGAAAUAAAUAAAAUUUUGGGGAAAAUAUUAAAAGGAUGAUGUCCAAUUUUUCGAUUCGAUUCGAUUCAAACAUUCUUAAAAAUAUACAUCCUUGUAAAAUUCUUAAAAUACUAAAGCUCUCUAGUGUUACAAGAGACAUACUCGUUUACCUGUUAGUUGAUAUUUUUGACCGGAAACAGAUAGUUUAUGCAUUUCCGGCUUUUGAUUCGGGAUGCAUAAAACAUUGUUGUUAUUCGAACUAAUGUAUUUACAAUACAUUUAAUGUCUGGGUAUGUGGUUUCUAGAUCUAUUCCUCUUCCAAAUUGGGAUAUAAAGAUGUAAUGAUAUUAAAUGGAAACCCCGCCCUAUAUAAAUGUGUUAUUAUACUUUUAACAUGACUUAUGCCCCUCCUGUAUAUUUGUACACUUUAUGUGCAGUAACGUUUAGUCAAUGUAAUCUGAACAAAUUAAAAAAUGUCUUUAAAUAAUUUUUAUUAUUAUCAUGAUUAUUUUAUUAUCAUAUUAUUCCAUUGCAUUUAAACAUAUAUUUACAUUAGUGUUGUAUAUUCACCUUGCAACUAUUCGUUGGUAAGUUUGUGUAACGUUGAACCAAUAAAAGUAUUGUUAGCGUAGUA